CCGGGUGUGCGCACUGACACUGCGCCGCAAACCUCCACGUUUCCUCCCUGUUUCUCCCAUUUUCCCGUGCAGCGCUUAUCUCCUCUCUCUGCAGCUUCUCCACCGCAGGUUAACUCAGCACUACAAGGCCAGCUUAAAACAUGUCUACCAGGGUUGCCGUGGUAACGGGCAGUAACAAGGGCAUUGGUCUGGCCAUUGUCCGAGCGCUCUGCAAGCAGUACCAAGGAGACGUUUACGUCACAGCCAGAGACGUCGGUCGUGGUCAGGAAGCAGUGAAGUCUCUUGCUGCAGAUGGACUGAAGGCCAUGUUUCACCAGCUGGACAUCAACGACCUGAACAGCAUCACCACCGCUGCUGCAUACUUUAAAGAGAAGUACGGAGGAGUGGACGUCCUCGUCAAUAAUGCUGGGAUAGCAUUCAAAGUGGCAGACACAGCUCCAUUUGCAGUCCAGGCAGAGGUGACCCUCAAGACAAACUUCUUCGCCACCAGAGACAUGUUGACUCACUUCCUGCCGAUCAUCAAAGCUGGAGGCCGUGUGGUGAACGUCUCCAGCUUCGUCGGCUCCCGCACUUUGAACCAGUGCAGCCCGGCCCUCCAGGAGCGUUUCCGCAGCGAGGACAUCACAGAGGAGGAGCUGGUGGGACUGAUGCAGAGAUUCGUCGACGAGGCCAAGAAGGGCGAGCACAAGCAGGGCGGCUGGCCUGAAACGGCGUACGGCGUGUCCAAGACUGGACUGACGACCCUGUCCAUGAUCCUGGCUCGUCGUUUGUCCAAGGAGAGACCGAAUGACUUGAUCUUGCUGAACGCCUGCUGUCCAGGCUGGGUGCGCACUGACAUGGCCGGUCCGAAAGCCCCCAAGUCACCAGAUGAGGGCGCUGUCACGCCAGUCUACCUGGCAUUGCUGCCGCCUGGAGCCACGGAGCCUCAUGGAAAGUUUGUCUCUGAUAAAGAAGUUCAGCCGUGGUGAAAGGGUUAAAGGGACCUGAGAGUGUGUGUGUGUGUGUGUGUGUGUGUGAAUAAAUGAAAGAGUGUAAGUGUUUCCACUUAAACACUAAAUUGCCAAAAACUUCCAUUAAAAAUAGAUUUUUCCCCCCAAAAAAGUAACAUGUUCACCAUAUGAACAGUUUGACACAAGCAUCACACAAUCUGGAAAAACUAUUACAACAUUUUAAAGUAUUAAAGUAACAGAAAGAGUUUAGCAGUUAAAGGGGCAAUAUGCAAGAACUGAGACUAUUCUCCACCUGUAGAAUUUGCCUGCUCGCCCGAUGUAAUAGUUUGGUGAAAGAGAGAAACGUGAAUUUAGAAGGUGUACAGUUGUAUUUUUCAGUUUGAUAAGGAAAAUUCAUUUUUUUUUUAUGUUUUAAACUAAAAUUCUGCCCAAAUCUUGCAUAUUGCCCCUUUAAACCAAAUGGUGAUUGACGUAAAACCAAAACCAAAGUUACUCAAAUUAUUCCAGUGGUAUGGUGUGUGUGUUUGUGUCUGCUCGGUUAUAUGCAACAAUAAUCGUGCAUGAAUCUGUGUAGGUGCUGGCUAAUCGCUGGUGUUUUUGAAAAAACCUAAAUUUUUGCUUUGUUUCACUUUUGCCAUUGGUAGUAUAAACAUUUCGAUAUAUUUUUUACAUGGAAAAAAGGAAACUUGCCUUAACUGAAAGAAAUGUGAAAAUAAAAUGCUUUUCUGGUACAAACAAAA